AUGUCGACUGAGAAGCAAGACGACAUCAUCGCGCCAGCACCGAGCAAUAGCUCCGAAAGCAUCAACGGCAAGGUCGACGUCGAGAGCGAUGGCGAGAUCUUCAAGAGAGGAGAGGGGUAUGAGGAUUUCCGAACGGUGCACUGGAUCCAUACGUCAGUCAUCUUCCUGAAACUCAUCUUUGCAACCGGUGUUCUCACCAUCCCUAGCGCUAUGUACACCCUUGGCGCGUUCCCCGGUGCCAUCAACGUGCUCGGAUGGCAAGGGCUAAACACCUGGUGCGCACUGGUACAGGGCCAAUUCCGUAACAACCACCCAGGCUGUCACUCGAUUGCCGACAUGGGUCAAUUGGUUGGUGGCCGCGUCGUCAAGGAGAUCAGCGGUAUCCUCUUCCUCGUUGCGUUCAUCAUUGUCGGCGCCUCCGGUAUGGUCGGUGUGUCAACAGCCUUGAACGCAUUGAGCGAACACUCGCUCUGCACAAACUACUUCUCCAUUAUCGCAGCGAUCAUGAUUGGUCUCUGUGCGAGUGUGCGGAAGUUCGAGAAGCUGUCUUGGAUCACUUGGGCGGGUUUCUCAUCCGUUUUCAUCGCUGUUUUCAUCGUUGUCGUCGGAGUAACAACACUCGACCGACCGGCCGCAGCUCCUCAAUCUGGACCCUACGACUUCGGCUACCACGUCAUCGGCCACCCAACCUUCGCCGCUGGCAUUACAGCUGCCUCGACUAUCUUCUGCUCCGGUGCAGGUACAUCAGCGUUCCUGCCCGUCAUGUCCGAGAUGCGCAACCCGCGCGAGUACGCCAAAGCCGUAAACUGGUGCAUGGGCCUCGUCACAGCCGCGUACCUCUCCUUCAGUCUCGUCGUGUACAAGUGGUGCGGCAAAUGGGUUGCCUCACCCUCCCUUGGUAGCGCCGGACCCAUGGUCAAGAAGGUCGCUUAUGGAGUCGGACUGAUCGGACUUUGUGUCAGUGGAGCGCUAUAUGUACACGUCAGCGCGAAAUACGUCUUCGUCCGUAUCCUGAGGAACUCGAAACAUCUACAGGCCAACUCGCCAGUACACUGGGGUACUUGGCUUGGCUGCGUUAGCUUCAUGACGGUUAUCAGUUUCGUGAUCGCAUCUGGUGUGCCUAUUUUCAACUACUUGCUCAGUCUAGCGGGAAGCAUUGCAUUUGCUCCUUUGGCGCUGGGACUGCCUGGAUGGCUCUGGAUCUACGAUCACCAGGAUUACUGGAAAGGCAACUGGUGGCAGAAGAUUAUGUAUGUGCUCCACGUCAUCUUGAUUGGCAUCUCAAUCUUCUUGACAAUCGGCGGCACUUACGGCGUUAUUGUGCAGAUCAAGGACGCGUACCGAGAUGGGUUGAUCGAUUCGGCUUUCUCUUGUGCUGACAACAGCAACUCUUCUUAG